AUGCGCGCCCUGGACGCGCCUGCGAGCCCGCGGCUCUUGGCCUCGGACUCCGGGUCCCCCGCGGCCCCGGACGCGACUGGGCCGGUUCGCAGGAGCGCGGUGGAGAGGCUGGCGGCCGACCGCGCCAAGUACGUGCGCGGCCCGCCCGGGGCCGGAUCAGGCCCGGCUGGCGGGGGCAGCAGCCCCGAGGCGACCGGAGGGCAGGCGCGCGUCCCCGGGCCCGGGGUGCGCAGGGCUAUAGCGCGGAAGCCGCUAAGGCCGGACUCGCUGGUCAUCUACCGUCAGAAGUGCGAGUUCGCCCGAGCGUCAGGACCCGACAGCCCCAGGGCAAGCCUGGUGAAGAAGCUCUUCCAGGGGCCGAGCAAGGACAAGACGCCCGAGCCUCCUGGCGCUGCCCGGGUGGGAGCGGAGUUGGGGGUCAGGGCCCAGGGGGCCGCCCGGGCCGGGCCUGGCCCCUCCGCGCCUCCCGCGCCCGCGCGGUCUGUCGGGACGACCCAAAGGGUCUCGGCUGCGCCCGGCGGCGCGGAGCUGCUGGGGGUGAGGCGCCUGGGGCUACAGCGCUCUCAGUCCGACCUCAGCUCGCGCUACUCGGUGUCCUUGGCCGAAUCGGACACUUUCUUCCAGUACUGCGGCCUGGAACCCGACGUGGUGGAGGCGCUCGGGCGGGAGAACUUCUCGGCCGGGUCCGACCGCGGCGCCCUCAAGGUCCGCAGCGUGAGCGUGGCCACCUCCGACAGCGGCUUCUCCCGGCGCAGCGGGGAAGACGAGGGGCUGCAGGAGGAGGAGCUGACGGAGCAGGUGCCCAGCACCACCUCGGUGGUCGAGCGGAACGCGCGCAUCAUCAAGUGGCUGUACACCUGUAAGAAGGCCAAGGAGACGCCCGGCCAGGGGCUGCAGGGCCCGGCGUGA